UCAGUCAGCUGUUCCCAUCACGUCUCAGACGCAGGAAAAUGAUUAAUUUCAAAAGCAUAAUGUUGUAUUGGAGUUAAUUUUGUGCACAAGAGCCUACAGCUGCUUUAUUAAGCGCGAGGACACACGCUUGAGCAUUUCCCAUUGCGUGUUUGGAGCCAGAGCCACAAUGAGGCCCCUUAAAGAUGCUCAGCUCGGAGCCUUCACCUUCUUUGCCUCGGCUCUCCCUCAUGAUGUCUGUGGCAGCAAUGGUCUCCCUCUCACCCCAAAUUCCAUCAAAAUCCUGGGACGUUUCCAGAUCCUGAAGAGCAUCACUCACCCCACACUCUGCCAGUACGUGGACAUUUCCAGAGGGAAACACGAACGACUGACUGUUGUUGCUGAGCACUACGUGAGAAACGUAGGAGAUUUCAGUCGAGGACAACGAGUGAGCCCAGAGAAGGUGCUGCAGGUAGCCUUUGAGGUCCUCCAAGGUCUGGAGUUCAUGAACAAGCAUGGUUUGGUGCACAGAGCCCUCAGCGUGCACAACGUGCUGCUGGACUGCAAGGGAAAUGUGAAGCUGGCAAAGUUCGGCCUUUAUCACAUGACGGAUCGCGGGGCGGACGUUGACUUUCCCAUCGGCUACCCUUCGUACCUCGCUCCGGAGGUCAUCGCCCUGGGCUGCUUCCACCGCAGCGAUCCGUCACACGAUGACGCUCCUCGACCCUCGGGACCAAAGACCGACGUCUGGUCUCUGGGAGUCUUGCUCUUGGAACUGUGCACAGGGAGGCGUCUCCUGCAGAAUCUAGAAAUCCGUGAGAAACUGAAGUUCAUUUUGACUUUGGGUUGUAUGGACGACAUCGUGACGGUCCUCGCCGAGGAGCACGGCUGUUUGGAGACCAUCAGGGAGCUGCCUGAGAACGUUCUGCAGAUAUUAAGGAAGUGUUUGACCUUCCUGCCAUCUCAAAGGCCCAGUCCUGCAGAGCUGCUGGCAGAGCCUCUGUUCCAGUCCUGCCUCGGUCCACCUGUCCAGAGGCAGGUCCAGCUGUUCUCCUGUGCUCUGCGCUGUGCACACCUGGAGCUCCCUGAAGACAUCAGUGAUCUUUGCAAAGAUGAUGAUGAAGACUACCUGUCGGAGCGGGGCAUCGAUGAAGUUUACCAUCUGUGGUGUCUCGCUGGUGGAGAUCUGGAAAAGGAGCUCACCAACAAGGAGAUCAUCCAGUCCAAACCUCCAAUCUGCACGUUGCCCAAUUUUGUCUUGGAGGACGGGGAGCCGUUUGGACAGUGCAGGGACCGGAGCUUCCUGCUGGAUGACACCACGGUGACCCUCCCUCUCUGCCAGCUCCGAAACAGACUGAAGGACGUGGCUGGAGAAGCUUAUUUCCCUCUUCUGGAAGACGAACAGUCGACUCUGCCGCAGUCCAACAGCAGCAACGAGCUGUCGGCCACCGUCACGCUGCCUCUCAUCAUUCGUGAGCGGGACACGGAGUACCAGCUGAUCCGCAUCAUCCUGUUCGAGCGGCUGCUCAAGGCGUACCCAUACAAGAAGAACUGUGUGUGGAAAGAGGCUCGAGUGGAUAUUCCACCUCUUGUUCGAGGACCAGCGUGGGCAGCCCUGCUGGGCAUCGAGGGUGACAUUCAAGCCAAGUACGACAGCAUAGACAAGGACACUCCCAUUCCAACGGACAGACAGAUCGAAGUGGACAUCCCACGCUGCCACCAAUACGAUGAGCUGCUGUCGUCUCCUGAGGGCCACAUCAAGUUCAGACGCGUGCUGAAAGCUUGGGUGGUCUCCCACCUGGACCUGGUCUACUGGCAGGGGUUAGACUCACUCUGUGCCCCGUUCUUGUAUUUGAAUUUCAAUAAUGAAGCUUUAGCGUAUGCCUGCAUGUCCGCCUUCAUUCCAAAGUAUCUGUACAACUUUUUCCUGAAGGACAACUCUCACGUCAUCCAAGAGUACUUGACUGUGUUCUCUCAGAUGAUUGCCUUCCAUGACCCAGAGCUCAGCAACCAUCUAAAUGAGAUUGGCUUCAUCCCAGAUGCAGAUGUUUUCCCUCUGCACAAAAUCUUCCACCUGUGGGACACGUUGCUGCUGGGGAACUCUUCAUUUCCUUUUUGCAUUGGGGUCGCCAUAUUGCAACAACUGAGAGACCGUCUCUUGGCUAACGGCUUCAACGAAUGCAUCCUGCUCUUCUCUGACCUGCCAGAAAUUGACAUUGAACGCUGUGUCCGUGAAUCCAUCAACCUGUUCUGCUGGACUCCAAAGAGUGCUACGUAUCGACAACACGCUCAGCCGCCAAAGGCUUCUGCUGACAGCACCUUCACAAAAACACCUACGUAUUUCUCAUCUGACUACCAGGAUAUGCCCAGAACAGACCUGUCUCGGGAGCCUCUGAUUUUGUCUGAUCUGAAAGCUGAAGUGUCUCCAAGAAUCUCAGCGGAGGACCUAAUCGACCUCUGUGAACUCUCGCUGGCUGGACCCCCCAAACGAAACAAAGGUGGCAAGCCGAAGAUUGUUGCUGUUGACAUCCGCACUGUGGAAGACUUCAGCAAAGGCCAUGUUUCAGGCAGCAUCAACGUUCCUUUCAGCAGUGUAUUUAACUGUGACGGUGAGCCUGUCCAGUGUCCCACAUCUGGAGCCCUUCAGAACUACAGAGGACGUGUCAUUGUGAUCAUCAGCCAUGCUGUAAAGAGCGCCACCAUGUUCGCUGCACACCUGGUCAAGGUCAAUUAUUCACGUGUUUGCAUUCUGGAUGGAGGGAUCAGCAAACUGAAGCCCACUGGACUCCUCACAGUCCCCUCCCCUCAGAUCUGACUCCUCACAGUCCCCUCCCCUCUGAUCUGACUCCUCACAGUCCCCUCCCCUCUGAUCUGACUCCUCACAGUCCCCUCCCCUCAGAUCUGACUCCUCACAGUCCCCUCCCCUCUGAUCUGACUCCUCACAGUCCCCUCCCCUCAGAUCUGACUCCUCACAGUCCCCUCCCCUCUGAUCUGACUCCUCACCCCCCACCCCAGAUCUGAGCUGGUUUCUCAGCUUACUUCAACACAGACGAGCUUGUUAUGUAUCAAACAGAUUUCCUUCAGUCAACAGAA